UUUUCUUUUUCUUUUUUUUUUCUUUUAUUUUAUAAGAAUAUAUACACGCAUAUAUAUAUAUAUAUAUAUAUAUUUUUUGAACUAAUGACGGCAGCAAAUAACAACGAACUUCAAAAAAUCCUCGAACAAGAAGAAGCUUGUCAAUUCAGUUCAUUUACCUCGGAGGACGCGCUUGCGUUAGGAUUAAAGCUUAUAGAUAAUAUUAAGCCUUAUAAAAGGUCCAUUGUAGUUGAUAUUACCUUAAAUGGUCAUCAACUCUUCCAUUAUGCUAUGAAUGAUACAUACAAGGAUAAUGAUGAAUGGGUCCGUCGUAAAAACAAUACUGUAUAUCGUUUUGGUCAUUCAAGUUAUUAUAUCGGUCGUUAUCUUGCUAGUUUAGGUAAAACAAUCGAAGAGAAAUAUUUUGUCAGUGAAAAGGAUUAUGCUACUCAUGGUGGUGGAUUUCCCUUAAAGAUUAAAAAUGUAGGUGUCGUUGGCACAAUUACCGUUUCUGGUCUUGCCCAGCAGGAUGACCAUAAUUUAGUUGCUAAUACUAUUCAAUCCUAUUUAGUUGGCAAUCAACAAUAAAUGUAUAUGUGUGUCUGAGUGAGUGAGUGAGUGAGUGAGUGUAUAUAUGUGUGCAUAUAUGUCUCUUAAUAAACAGAACUAUAUAAAGGAGGAGAAGGAUGACUCGUU